UAGGCGUUUGGUCAACUAUCAAUGAAAUUGAUGUCGCCUGGACUCACACCUAUGAAUACACUUCUCCGGUUUCUUGUGUUUCUGGCAGUGCUGUUCGUCUGCGUCCCACAGGCUCUCUAUUGAAUUAUCUUCAAGCUUGCAAGUUUAUUUCAAGCAUCAUGAAUUUCUUAUGCUCUCCACAGAAUAUGUAUAAUAGUGAAAACGGGAAAAUCGAAGAAAAUAAGCGACUCUUUACCGAGCUUGACUCGGAAGGACGCAUGGUCAGCCGGGCUAUGACUCCUUACGAGUGCCAGCUCGAGGACGACGUCGAGCAGCUGCAAGAGGCGCUUUUCACGAUUUCUUCUGACUACGACAAAAUUCAGUUUCGGCUCCGACAGAUAGCCUCAGCUUCAGCCUAUGAGAGGGACCGUCUUCUUAAAGAUCUAGAACGCUUAAUAGCCCGAGGACUGGAUGGGACUGAGAAAAAGCGAGAGAAAGUGGUACCGGGCAGGCGAUGCAACUCAGCCUUUUCUGGCCAAGUACGCGCAAAGCAAAAAAAGAUAUUCUGUCAACUGAGGAGCCGUCUCGAAGAACUGGCUGGAGCUCCAGAAGUUUGUUUUCAAACAGAUUGUUGCCCCACCGAAGGCAGAUCUAUGAAAACUUGUAAUGCUACCAUUAUCAAGUCUGCCGAUUGUCACAUUGCCGAUCAAGAUAUUGGGCAAAGUAAAGCAUACUUUUUCAAGGUAGAGGAGGAAAAGAGUAAGCCUAGUCGACAUUUGCCGGAAUCACGGUAUAACACAUAGUCUAAGACUAAUAAUAGCUUAAGCUAGAAAAAAAGAAGAGUCGGGAUAAAAAUUUUUAAGAUGAGCACUACUCGGAUGGUAGUACGACUUGUCGCCGAUUCACAGGAUAAAUGUUAUUUUAAUGGAAUGCCAAACCAAAAAAACUAUCAUACUUGCACAUUGAAUUUUAAUCUAGUGCUGCAAUAGAAAUCUUCCGAGCACUCCCAGUAAUCCUUCAAAGAUAAAUUCAAAAGAUUAAUCAUGAAUAGGAAUCCUAAGAAACAAAUCCAAAUAAAAGGGAGUUCUUUUAGGGUAAUAUUAUGGAAAGUCAAUGUGACUUCUUGUGACUAUUGCGAAAUGUUGUAAUCUUUACCCCUCAGUUAUUGGGUGUGAAACAUUUUCAGUUCGAAUUAUAUUUAUUAUGCAAUUAUUUAAAAAUAAACAGCCGAUCUAGAGUA